CUUUUGCACAUCGCAGCCAGCAUACGAGCAACUGGUCCGGUUUGGGCUUCAUGGGCGUUCCCAAUGGAACGCUAUUGUGGCUCGCUUCAACCUGCCAUCACAAGCCGUCGGUUUCCAUAUGCAAGCAUUAACCGACAUGUGCUCAACGAUGCACGUUUAUCACAUAUCAUGUUGACGUAU